CCUUUGCACGGGGAAUUCAUAAUAUUGACAAGAUUCCCGUUUCAUGGUCCAGUCAAGUUGCAUCAUGGUUCGGUAAUAUCCGCGCCAACGCUAAGCUACUGUGGCAAUACCGGCGUUCGCGAGAAUGAUAUAAACCUUGACUCCGUACCAGCUCUAAUUCAUCGAUGGCAUACUCGGACAGGUCGAUCUCAUCAAAUUCCUCUGCAUCAUCCCCUCCUCCUCAGCUUGUUGCAUUACCGUCCAUGACCCACUCUCUGGCGGCCCUGCCGACCAUGUCUGCGGUGCCACAAGAUAUGAUGCAUUAUUCGAAUUCAGGGUCGCAUAGUAGAGCGAAGAUGGAGUAUGCCAUGCAAAAGCAGAGGCAACAUGGGGCCACGCAUCCCUUUGCAGCGCUCAACGCACAUGAUAUGAGACGUACACCCAGUCCGUCGUGCGAAGAUGGGCAUAUUACUGUCAGAAGACCAACCAAUACUAGACGCUAGACAGCGAUGCGAUUGUACACGCGGCCGGCCGCUAAUUUGUUCAGUUGUUACUGCGCCGCCACCGCAUGACGGGAUGGCUAUGUAUGGGGACGACAGGAUCU